UUUUUACACAUUUUAACCACCUAUUCACUCUUCUUUUUACUUCAAAAACGGGCCAUUAGAAUGGUACAUAAAGCCGACUAUCUUGAUAAUACAAGCUAUUUAUUUUAUCAAUCCAGACUUUUAAAACUUUAUGACCUGUUUUUUACACUGCACAAUUUCUAUACAGAGAUAGUGGGACUGUUAAUUAUUUGACACGUUUCAAAUGACAAAUCAAUUGCAAUGUAUUAUGGUCUAUAUUUGCCAGUCUGGUGAAUAUUGAUGCACACAGAUUUGGACACCCCGACAAGGUGGCAAAGACACAAAGUGCACUAGUGACUGGUGAGAUAAUUCAGACACAACCUGAGAAUUUUGUAGCGUUAUGAGCAUUUCCACUGCCCUUAGGGAUUUUUUUUAUUUUAGAGAAAUUAUUUAUAAACAACAUUUUUCUUUAAGCAAAUUGUAACUUCUUCAACAGCAUUGAGCAAAUUGUUUCCGCAAACAUCUUCAGCUAUUUAUCUGUUUUUGAACAAGCAAAUGUCAGAUUGCUCCGCAUCUUCAGCGUUUACACGCAUUGAUUAUCAUAAUUCCAGGUUUGUUUGUUUAUUUAUUUAUUUAUUUGUUUGUUUAUUUUCAGCCUACUGCUAAAAUAAUACAAAGGUUUUUUGAUUUAUGCAAUCAUAACUCAGUUUCAUGCUAGGAGCUGUGUGCGCAGUCAAAAGGCUGCAGGGUCUAUGUCUUUUUAAUGCUAAACAGUCUUGGUCCUUGAGAACCAUCCUUUUCCUUCUGCAGUCAAGUGUACGUGCUAAGGAUGCAACCACUACCUUGUUGGGGGCAGAUGAUGAAAGUUUGCAAAAACAGGCGGGUGUCAGUGGCGCUGUGAGGAUGCUGAGGCUUCGCUUGCCACAGAGAUGCUCUCUCUCAUCCCUGUCCGUGAGCGCGCGCAGCAUGCCCGCAGAGAUGCGCGUGCCACCACAAAAGCAGGCAAGAGGCCUACGGUCUGUUUACCUAUUCACAGGACACAUAUAAGAUUUUCUUCUUGAGUGGAGCAGAUCAGACCUCAGCGCGCCUGAUCGGAUUUAACCGCACGGACUUGUGUGAGCGCGCGCGCCCGAUGACGAGAACGAGGUUGGAUUAUUAUCUCAUUCAAGACCCCAGACGAGUGGACGCGGCAGGUCCUCCCACCGGCGGCUCACUAUUUAUACAGUUAGAAAAGGCUGCCGCUGGUCGGUAAAGCACAACGCGAGUUGGAGACAGAAUCUGAGCCCUGUACGCUGAUGGUGGAGGAUGGCGACAGGAUCUAAGCAAACAUGAGACAACGGCAGCAUUGGCAGACACGAAGACCGGUCUGAACCUGUUCAAAUUAUUCACCAGUGAAAUGUUGGGACGGUGGAGGAACAAAAGCACAAAUGGAGAGAUGCGUUUAGAUUUGCUGUUCAACAGAUGGCUCCAGAAAUGUCUGGAAGUCCUCCUCACCUCUAUUAUUGUGAUGUUUCACAGUGGCCUAGGCUGCAGCCAUGCCUCUUCUAGAAGAGACCACCGUGCCACAGGAGCAUCCACUUACCCUCCCUGUGGUUAUUAUUGGGAACGGACCUUCAGGUAUUUGCCUCUCCUACCUGCUCAGUGGAUACAAACCUUACUUAGACACAACGACUGUCCACCCAAACCCAAUGCUAUUCAAAAAACUGCAGCAGACCAAGCAUGUCCCCAUAACCGAGCAGGAUCUGGAGUAUUUAAGUGAAGGUCUUGAGGGGAGGUCAAGGAAUCCCGUGGCAGUUCUGUUUGACACACUGCUGCACCCCAAUGCUGACUUCGGCUACGAGUUCCCUCCUGUCCUUAAGUGGAGGAGAGACAAGCAGCAGCACAUCCCACACAUGGUUCUGGGGAAGGCAACACCUGGAGGUGCUUGGCAUGCAAUGGAAGGAUCUAUGUUGACAAUUAGUCUGGGCAUCUGGAUGGAGCUUCCUGGCGUUAACUACAGAGAUUUGACGGGUGGUAAACACAGGGACGUAACCAGCGACAGAGCCACCCCGGAGGAGAUCUCAACUUAUUAUCGUGACUAUGUGAAGCUAAAGGGUCUCCAGAAAAAUUUUGUUGAUAACACCUACGUGACCUCUGUCCAGAAACUGUGCCGGGGGCAGGAGGUGGAAACUCUGGAAAACGGGAAAACUGAUCAAGGAGAUGGCAGAGUGGGAGAUGGUGAUAAUGAGGGCUUUGGGGGGAAUGGAAAGGAGUGUGUAAACAAUGCUGGAGCUCUCUGGGAAAUAAGGGGGUACCAGCAGGUGCAGAGUGACACCCAUGUCCCCUUCUGUCUGUUUGCUGAAAAUGUGGUUCUGGCCACUGGUGCGUCGGACUCUCCAGUUCGAUUGGGCGUAGAGGGGGAGGAUCUACCUUUCGUAUUCCACACCAUCUCAGAACUGGGCUUGGCUGUAAGUCAGAAGAGGCUAGAUAUGAACUCUGACCCGGUCCUAAUUAUUGGCGCUGGUUUAAGUGCUGCCGAUGCAGUCCUGUGUGCUCGCAACAGCAACAUUAAAGUGCUGCAUGUUUUCCGCAAGAGCGUAGACAAUCCAGACCUCAUCUUUAAGCAGUUGCCCAAGACCUUGUACCCGGAGUACUACAAAGUGUACAACAUGAUGUGCUCUCAGACCUACACAAAUGUAGCCCCUUCCUCUGCGACGUGCAGACCGCAGGCAGUUAGUCUUGCCUCGUCGGUGUGUGCAAAAAUGUGCCCCAAACCCCAGUUUGCUGCAGGUAAAAGUACAGAUGAAGGGGCCAGUGUGAGGCCAUUUCCUGACUACACCAGUUUUCCAGAACACUGCUUGGUGUCCUUUCAGUCCGACAGGAAGUGUUUGCUGCAGGGGGACAAUUCCUUAAAGGCUUUCAAGAUAUCCUUGGCGUUGGUACUGAUUGGAACCAACCCCAACCUGUUCUUCCUGAAGGGGCAGGGGCAAUACUUGGGUAAGGACCCAACAAGACCCAUCUCCUGUAAACAAAACCCGAUCGACAUCGAUCCAUACACUUAUGAGUGCACUAAGGAGCCAGGAUUGUUUGCCAUGGGCCCCCUGGUAGGAGAUAACUUUGUUCGCUUUUUAAAGGGUGGCGCCCUGGGCAUUGCUUCCUGUCUGCUGAAGAGGUUUAAGAAGAGAGAAAAGCUCAUCAGCAAUGGAAGAAAUAAUAUCAUUUAGAAAAAAACAAAACGAAAAAGGCUUACAGCACAUUUAAAAUCAACAUUAGCAUUUCAGACAUAAUAUUUUCAAUGUUUUAAAGACCAAAAAAUAUUUGAUGUAAAUGAUGAAUGGUUUUCAAUUUUUUUCUGACUUCCUUUGAAGUCAGAAAACCAGGUUUGCCUGACUAUGGUUUUUGGGAUCUACCACCCUCUUGGAAUUAAUCCUACCUUAUUUUCUGUUGAUUAACUGAAUCAGAUGAUUUUGGGCUCGGAUUUCCACCUGAAGACCCAGGUGGGGCAAAGUCAGUUUGAGGACAUGCAGGGUGGUAGAUCUCAAAGAUCAGAGUUGAGCUCUGGUCUCAGCUUUAACCUGUGCCAAUGUUUUUCUAGUUGAUUUGCAAUCUUACGACAAAAGAGAAAUGUAUCAUCAGGGUGACUCAUGCUUUUACCAUGUGUCUUCUAUCCAUAGUUCAAAAAAAAUUUUUUUUUCUUUUUCUUAAUUUGGUUACAUAUUUAAAAGAGAAAACACCAAUAAAGGCCAUAUCACCGUUUCUAUACUUGCCACUCAUAGUGUAGUCAUCCCAGUGAUGAGUGACAAAACUAGUUGAUAAACCACAAAAUUUAAACUUUAUGUAGCAAAUCAUUGCAAAUAGGGUUCCACCAUAACUCAGAGCUGUUAUUAUUUAAAAUAUUAGGCCAGUCCCUAUCAUUUUGCCCAAAAUCUUCCCCCCUGCUCCAAUGUCAGGAAGUUUCUUGCUUCUUCAACACGGCUAUCGAAAGGCUUUCUAUGCAAACUGUUGCAUAUCUAAAUUUAUAUGCUUGCACAGUUAUGGCCAAUUUUAAUAAAGUAAAAGGAAUUAAAUUUAAAUUUAUACUCGAAAAUUUAAAUAUAGCUUUUUAAAAUCUAUGGGAACACUUGCCAUAUCAAGGUAAAAUCAACAACUUUAGCCGUAAUUUAGCUUACUUUUUUUUUUUUUCAUAGUUUCACAUGCAGCACAUGAUGUCUGUAGACCAUCUAAAACCUACGAGUACUUCAUUUAAAACAGCUGUAACUACACUGACAUAAUUCAUUUGUAAUAUGUUUAAUAACCAAUAGACUGACUUAUUAUAGGGAUACAACUUUAUUUUUCUUCAGGAUACAG